AUGUCCUCGGACACAGUCACAUUCACAGCACCCCUCUCACAAGGGUUCGGAUAUGGCAUCAUCAUUGGUCUGGGGUUUGCUUUUGCCCUAUUGAUGAUCUUCAUCACCUGGGCCCUGAAACGAUACCAGCAUGAAGUACAGACCUCGGAGAUGUUCUCAACCGCAGGAAGAUCCGUCAAGUCGGGUCUGGUUGCCGCCGCAGUCGUCAGUAGUUGGACAUGGGCUGCAACUCUUCUUCAAUCGACCACAGUGGCUUAUGAAUACGGCGUCUCGGGUCCUUUUUUCUACGCGUCAGGUGCUACGGUUCAGAUUAUCUUGUUCGCCACACUGGCCAUUGAGCUCAAGCGGAGGGCUCCAAAUGCGCACACCUUCCUCGAAGCCCUCCGUGCCCGAUACGGAACUGUCGUGCAUGUUGUUUUCAUCGUCUUCUGCUUGAUGACCAACACCCUUGUUACUGCCAUGUUGCUUACUGGUGGUUCUGCCGUUCUGACGUCUCUUACGGGGGUCAACACAGUUGCAGCCUGUUACCUCCUGCCAAUCGGUGUCGUGCUUUAUACCCUGUUUGGUGGUAUUAAGGCAACAUUCCUUACGGACUACAUGCACACAGUCGUGAUCAUUGUCGUCAUCUUCAUCUUCUCGUUCUCUGCCUAUGCAACCAGUGACAAGCUUGGAUCACCCGGGGCCGUUUAUGAUGCAUUGGUAGCAGCAUCGAAACUGCAUCCUAUUGAUGGUAAUGCUGAGGGAAGCUAUCUUACUAUGAGGUCGAAGGAGGGUGGAAUCUUCUGGGUGAUCAACCUGGUUGGUAACUUUGGGUUCGUAACCCCUACCUCCCCCACCAUCUCCUUGCUAACCAUUUAUUCCAACAGUACCGUGUUCCUCGACAACGGAUACUACAACAAGGCCAUUGCCGCAAGCCCUGUGCAUGCUUUCCCCGGAUACGUUAUCGGUGGCCUUUGCUGGUUUGCGAUACCUUGGCUGUGUGCUAGCACUAUGGGCUUGACUGCUCUUUCUCUGGAGGGUGCUCAGCGCCUGAGCUCGGACGAUGUCACGGCUGGCCUUGUAUUGCCGUUCGCUGCAGUGAAGCUUCUCGGUUACAGUGGUGCUGUAUGCACGACAAUCAUGAUCUUCAUGGCAGUCACCUCUGCCUUCUCCGCUCAGCUGAUUGCUGUUUCAUCCAUCUUCACUUAUGAUAUCUACCAGGCCUACAUCAACCCAUCUGCCAAGGGAAAGACUCUUGUGUGGGUCUCGCACAUGUCCUGUGUAUUCUGGGCAGUUGUGAUGGCUAGCUUUGCGACAGGACUUUACUAUGCUGGAAUUGGCAUGGGAUACCUUUACCUGCUGAUGGGCGUCAUCAUUUCCUCCGCAGUCUUCCCAGGCGCAAUGUCUCUCAUUUGGAAGCACCAGAACUGGAUUGCAGCUGCAGCCUCUCCACCCCUUGGCCUUGCUGUGUCUCUUAUUGCCUGGCUUGUGACAGCCAAGAAGGAAUAUGGUGUUUUGACCGUCACGACGACAGGCGCGAACUACCCAAUGCUCGCCGGCAACGUAGCUGCCCUUCUCAGUCCUGUCGUCUUCUCUCCUGUCUUGACCCUCAUCUUCGGCUCCCAAAACUACGACUACGAAAGCAUGCGUGCCAUUCGCCGAGUCGAUGAUGCCGACGUUGCUGCCGCCGCCCACGUCGACAUUGAACUCAUUCCCGGCGAAAUUAACACCCAGACGGCCGCCCAAGAGGAAGAGGAGAUGCGCAAACUCAACCGAGCAGCCCUCUACUCGCGCACCCUGACCAUUGCCAUGGUCUUCUGCUUCCUCAUCCUUUGGCCCAUCCCGAUGUACGGCACCUCGUACGUCUUCAGCAAGAAGUUCUUCACCGGCUGGGUUGUCGUCGGCCUCAUCUGGCUCUUCGGCACUACCUUUGGCGUGGUCAUCUUCCCCCUGUACGAGGGAAGAGCCAGCAUUGUGAGGACGGUCAAGAUGAUGGCCAUGGACCUGAUGGGCAAGGGCAGAGGAAAGGCGAUCAUGGGGGAGAUGACCAGCGAGAAUGUCUCUGGGGUUCAGACUCCCGUUGCGGAAAAAGAGAUGAUGACUAAAUGA